AUGAAAGUCGAAACUAUGAUUGCAUAUGCUACAAAGAAGGGAACUGCUAAGAUGGUUGCAGAUCGAUUUGCAGAGAUUCUUCACUUCCCAGUUUGCUCGAUUUCAGAUAUUAAGCCUUCGGAUCUUCAGCAAUAUAAAAAUUUGAUAUUAAUCAUAUCAAAUUAUGGAAAGGGCGAGGGACCUAAGACAUGUAAAGACUUCUUUGAGGACUUUGAAAAGAUUGAGAAUCCAGAAUUUUACAAAGGAGUCCAAUAUGCGGUUUUUGGUUGCGGGUCUUCAAAGAGAGCUCCAUAUUAUCUAGCUUUCACAAAACAUGUCGAGAAUAAGAUGGCAGAAUUGGGUGCUACAAAGAUUCAUACUCUUGGCGAGCUUGAUGACAAGAAUCCAGAUAAGAGUUCAAUAGAAACAUGGCUAUUACAACUCAGAUUUGAGUAG